AACUAAAGUUGUGAUUUUUAAAAUAUCAAAUGUCGCAGGACGUGUCGAGUUCAACGUAUCCAGAUGGCACGGUGCGUCUGCGGAACCCUAACAUCGAGCUAAUGGACCAAGACAUAUUAUACCACUUGGCACUCGGCAGCGGGUCGCACGAUCUCGUUGAAAUGUUCGGGGAUGUUAAGUUUGUGUGCAUGGGUGGCACCCCGAAGCGGAUGGAGCAAUUUGCAUACACAAUCAUGGCGGAGAUUGGUCACAAGCUGCCGUGCGGGACCACGCUGCAGGACAUCAGUCAGUUCUCCUACAGGUACUCCAUGUACAAAGUGGGGCCUGUGCUUUGUAUCAGUCAUGGUAUGGGCAUACCAUCGGUGGGCAUUCUGCUGCACGAGGUGAUCAAGCUGAUGUACCACGCAAAGGUACGGGACCCUGUGUUCUUCAGAAUUGGUACGUGCGGUGGCAUCGGCUACGAGGGCGGGACUGUUGUCAUCUCUGACGAGGCCGUCGAUGGCGCACUCAGGAAUGUUUUAGAAUUGACGGUUUUGGGUAAGAACAUCCAACGACCAGCCAAACUGGACAAGAGGUUGGCGCGCGAACUGAAGGGCCUCGCUGAUCCUGAGGAUCCAUAUGAUACUGUCACCGGCAAGACUAUGUGCACAUACGACUUUUAUGAAGGUCAGGGUCGUCUGGACGGCGCGUUCUGCGAUUUUACGGAAGCUGACAAGAUGGAGUACUUAGAGAGCAUUCACAAGUCAGGUGUCGUCAACAUUGAGAUGGAAUCGCUUGCAUUCGCUGCGCUUACGCACCACGCGGGUAUCAAGGCCGCUGUCAUAUGCGUCACUCUGCUCGAUAGACUGAGGGGGGACCAGGUUUUAGCACCUAAGGAAGUAUUGGAUGAAUGGCAGCAACGACCAACGAAGCUUGUGUGCCGUUACAUCAAAAGAUAUCUUCAGAUGAAGGGUCGGCUGUCGCUGGACGGGCACGGCUCCAUUGCUGUCAAGAGCCCGCGCCGGUUCAAGCUCGUGCAGCAGGAGUCUGAAAACUACGACUAGAGUGCACCCAGGCCUCGCCCACCAUGGAAUCUCCUGGACAGCGACGGAAUUGGGCUUGCACUAGUUCGGAGCAAUCUGUGCUGAUCGCUCAAAUGUUUACUACGCUCCAACUUUACCUACUUCUUUAGUUUCUAUUUUAUAUGUUUGUUAUUACGUCACAUCUUCAAAAACAUAUAUUUUUUCGACUACUUUUGAAAGUGUAUCAAAAAUCUGGAUAUUUUUUAAGUAGGAUCGUUGACGCUUUUGUCAAAAAUAAAGAUUUGGUCAAAAUAAUUUAUGUAGGCACGGAAUCGAAUAUUGCUGUGUAUUAUAUGAUUGGAUAGUGACUCAGGAUGGUGUCAUUUGCUUGCACUGCCACAAGAUGGUUUUCAUGUUGAAAAGUUUUAAGGCGAACAUUAUCUGU